AUGGUUUUCCUCCUCAGCUGGAGAUGUUACGCUGAGGAGGAUGCAGACGGUUCAAUAUGUACAGAACACCAGAAGGCCUUUGAUGGAGCUUGCUACGAGCUGGUGGGUCUGCAGAUGUCCUUUCUGAAAGCGCAGGCGUGGUGUGAGCGAGGUGGAGGGCACCUGGUUUUCAUCUUGAAUGAUGAAACGCAGCAGUUUCUUCAGACGCACCUGGAGCCAGAGAAGAACUGGUGGCUUGGACUGGCACCUGCUGCUCCAAACCUCACGCUGGACACAGCUCCCACAGAGGGUUCCCUUGCAUGGUUGGAUGGUUCAGACGUCAGAUAUAAUAACUGGGUGAACCUGCCAGAUGAGAAGACAACUUGUGGACAUAUCCUGAAACAGACAGGCUUCCAGUGGAAGGCCACAGACGACUGCAACCAAGAACUCAACUUUGUGUGCCAGUUUGAUUUUGGAAGAGGAAUUGCAUGUGAAGGCCAAAAUGCCACACUGCAGUGUGGUUCUGGUCAGGUUAUAGAGGUUGAAGACGCCUUCUAUGGGCGAAAAACUGUUCACUACUGCCGAUCGCACCUUGCAGCCUUACCCGCAUCUUCCCAGGAGGAAUGUAGCUGGAUCAAUGUGAUGGAUUCUGUAACAGCUCACUGCCUUGGACUGCAGGCCUGCCAGGCUCCACUGGAUCCAAGAUCCGUCAGUGACCCGUGUCUUCCCCUGGGAAGUUAUUUGUUUGUGGAGUACCACUGUAAAGACGGACUUCACUUAUUGAUGACUAAGCUGGCGCCUGUUUUUGAUAAUGUCACCAUCACUGUGAAGUGGCUCCUUCAUCCGUUUAACGGGAACCUGACCUGUGCUGUGAACACUGGAGACGGUCACAUUAUUGAUCCAUACAGUCCAGCAGAAAUGGAGUCGAGCAUUAUCCACAAAUUCCAGCAGCCUGGUGUUUUUACGGUUGGGGUGGAAUGCACGACCAGUGACUGGCACGUCACAGCUCAGAGAACAAUAACAAUUCUGGAGCCUGUUGGAGAGUUCAGCGCAAUCAAGUGCUAUAGCAAGGAUGUGGCAACAGAUGGCACUAAAUGCAAUGCACUUUGUGGUUCGCCUGUUCAGAUUCAGCUGCAGCUGGAGGCAGGUAUAAAUGUUUCGUACACGAUUACUCUCAAAGACAGUGUGAUUGCAAACACCUCAGUGGACAAAGGGGUCACACCUCACAACAUCACACUGAGUGAAAGUGUGGUGAAGAAGCUUGGACUGGGCUGCCAUAACCUGAGCAUAGCUGCAUCCAACAGGGUCACGACAUACAGUGCAUCCUCUUAUCUGGUUCUGUGUCUGCUGGAGCCUGCUAAUGGCCUUCAGGCUUCUGUGAUAUCAGAGGUGGACGCGUGUCCAGACUCCACCGAUCUCAUCAUCGGAGUUACGCUGGAGCAAGGAGCCCCAGUGGAGCUGCUCUUUAAUCUUACCGGAGUCAGGGACACGCUGACAGAAACCAGAGACAUGCUUAAUAACAGCUUCCAAACUUUUACAUUCUCCAAUCCACUUGAAGGACUUAUGGCAGUAAAAGUCAAAGCAGUGAAUGUUUUUUCCAUCGCUCAUGUGGAUGUGAACUUAAAGAAGACGCUUCAGGCUUGUCAGAAUUACUCAGUGAGCCAAGAUGGAUACACUAAAGAUAUGAUGACUGCUGGCAGCUCCGAUUUGAAAAUAGAUGUUUCCCCUGACUCUUUGGUUGACCGGACUCGGAGGGUCACACUGACGGGACUUGGAGUGGAUUCAUUAAACAGUAAACAAGAACUGGACUUUGAAUGGAAAUGUAAAGGUAACUGUUCAUGCAGAAACAUAACAAAGGACGAAACUCACAUUGUUGAAAAAGAUUGCCUUCCAAAUCCAUUUGAAAUGCUUGAAUACACUUUAACUGUGAGGAAAAGAACUUGGUUUAGAAAAUGGGUCGACCACGCUUCAGCUUCCAAGUGCAUCAGCGUUACGCCGAAUGAAUUUAUAAAUGUCACUAUCAGUUGCGAUAAUUGUGCUUCAUUAAAUGUGAGCGACCGUGCAAAGCUAAGUCUCAGGUGUGCGACGACUUGCCCAGAUGUAGUUUGGUUUAUUGAAGACCCCAAACCUUUGACAGGUGAACUUAGUGAAUGUUACACCAAAGCAGAAAGAAGGCCACCCAUCGAGAAGCAGCUUGGCAGCACUGAAUAUAUAGUUAACAGCCAACAUUUAAAGGUUUCAAGGAGCAUGCAGCACAACGUCAACGUGAUUGCUUAUGGUAAGACAGUGCCUGGCUUCAUCAAGUACAGCAUUCCGAUACCUGGUCCUGAAGUGACAGCUGACGCUCCGGCCGUUCCAUCGUGUAGCAUCUCUCCAUCCUCAGGAACCGUGCUUGAUGCUUUUGAAAUCACCUGCCAGGCAACAUCUUUCUGCUUGACCGGCUGUCUUUACUGUUUGAAAACCAACACAGGCAAACAUCUUCAGUGCGGUGACACAAACGAGAUAAAAUCAGUUUUCCUACCUGUGGGAGAUGAGACCAAUAAUCACAGUUUGUCUGUGGUGGUGACCGUGAAAAACAAUAAUGCAACAGCCACGACCACUGUUGACACGCAGGUUCGAAAAAGUAAUUCCAGCACCUCCAUAAAAACUCUGCAGUCUGCAGUGGAGGAGACUGUAAGUCAUUUAGAGCAGCAAGGCCUGCUCUCUGGUGAGAGACUUGGACAAAUAUUCUCUUCAGUUUCUGAUAUGAUAAACUUGGAGUCUGACCGAGAUCAGAAGAAAGACAGAUCAAAGCUGAGAGAGCAGAUGUUGACUAAAAUGAUGCUGGUUUUAACGGACUCACCCAGCAACACAACACAGGAAGUGCAAGUGACGGCCGAGGCUGUGGCUGGACUCACACAGAUCUCAGAUGAGCUCAGUCCUGCUGCUCAAGAAGAAGCAGGCUCUUUGUUAGUAAACCUCAGCUCCUCCCUCAAGACGAUAAGCGUCCAUCAGCUCAGCAGGGAAGAAGAAGAUGUCGUGCACGCAGCCACACCAAUAGUUGAAGCAGCCAGUAAUAUUUUGAACGUUUCAUCAAAUAAAAAAGUUUCGGAUUUUCUCCUGACUGGGAUCGACAACAUUCAGAGCGCUUUGCUGAAUAAUAAAAAGGUGGAUGGACAACCUGCCAUCAUUGACUCUGAUCAGAUCAGUGUGUAUGUUAACAGAAUUACUUCAGAAGAGAUGCAAAUGCAGCAGAUAAAUGUCCAGAAGAAAAGCUCGUCCAGAUUUUCAUUUCCUUCCCUUCCUGUUGGUGUUGUCUCUGCAGAGGAGCCUGUGGAUGUCAGAAUGGUGAGUUUAGAGAAGAACCCAUAUUCUUGGAAGGAGGAGAACAUCACAGGAACCGUGGGUUCUCUUUCCCUCACUAGACUGAAUGGCACCGUCAUACCUGUUGAAAACUUGCCGGAAGAAAUUGAAAUUCUUCUGCCAAGACUCGAUGUUGAGCAAGAAAGCAGCACAGUCCUUGACCUCGCCAAUUUCAGCACACUGAUGAUUGACGUGCCAUCAGCCGAUGUGACGCUGGUGCUGAAAAUGGAGCCAUCUGAAGACAUUUCUUUUUUGGUAUUCCUGGGAUAUAAAGACUAUCCCAGUACGGAGAGCUACGUGGCCAAGACUCGAAUCCCUCUUGAGAAGACAAAUGAAGAGGAGAAAUUUACCUGGGUGCUGAGUCCCAAAGACCGAACAGGAGACGUUGGAGUGCACUACCUUGUGAUAAAACCAAUUGUAGAGCCCGGCAUCAAAUCCAUCAAUGCCACUGUUGCUGUCACUUCCAUUGCGGCUCAGUGUAAAUACUGGAACGAAACCAUCUCGUCUUGGUGUGAAGAUGGCUGCAGGGUUGGACCACUCACCACACCUUUGGUUACUCAGUGCCUCUGUAACCACCUAACUUUCUUCGGCAGCUCCUUCUUUGUCAUGCCGAACUUGGUGGAUGUUUCUCGCACUGCUGAACUUUUUGCUACAUUCGCUAACAAUCCAGUGGUGGUGUGCUUUGUGGGGGCAAUUUUUGCUGCUUAUCUGCUGGUGGUUGUGUGGGCACGCAGGAAAGACAUCCAAGAUUUAGUCAAGGUCAAGAUAACAGUUCUUGCAGACAAUCACCCAUUGGCAGAGUAUCGGUACAUGCUCACCAUUAGCACAGGCCACCGGCAUGGCGCAGCCACUUCCUCUCAGGUAACCAUAACUCUGACAGGAACAGAAGGAGAAAGUGAACCGCACCACCUGGCAGACUCUGAAAAGCCUGUGUUUGAGAGGGGUGGAGUAGACAUGCUUCUGCUGACCACUCACUUUUCUCUUGGAGAUCUGCAGAGCAUAAGACUGUGGCACGACAACUCUGGAAAACACCCUGCAUGGUACGUCAAUAAAGUGAUGGUGCAGGAUCUGGAAACCGGUCAGAAAUGGCACUUCCUCUGUAACUCCUGGCUCGCUGUAGAUAUGGCAGAGUGCACUCUUGACAAGGUCUUUCUGGUAGCCACAGAGACUGAUUUGAAAGGAUUUAGUAACUUGUUCUUCAUGAAGACAGCCAAGGAUUUUCAAGACGGUCACAUCUGGUUUUCUGUAAUUAGUCGACCUCCGUGCAGCACUUUCACACGUGUGCAGCGAGUGUCCUGCUGUUUUUCCCUUCUGCUGUGCACCAUGCUGACAAGCAUUAUGUUUUGGGGCAUUCCCAUAGAUCCCUCUGAACAAACUAUGGACCUAGGUCACAUCGAGUUCACCUGGCAACAGGUUAUGGUUGGAAUUCAAAGUUCGAUCAUCAUGUUUCCCAUCAAUCUCCUUAUUGUGAGCAUCUUCAGAAACACUCGCCCUCGAGAGAAAGCUGCCAGAACAGAUGGCUCGAAACAGGGGAACACCGUUAGAGUUUCCCCUUCACAAACUUUGUCCCCUCAGAAGGAGAUGAAGGAGAUCACUCCAGACACUGUGAUCAAGGACAUUAGGAGAAUCGCUCAGUCACUCUCAAAAGCUACAAAGAGUGUGCUGCCACAUCUGGAGCUCCAUUCUGAUCAGCAGACAGACAUCAACUCUCUACUGUCUGUGGUGGAAGACAUCAUUAGACAGCAGAAUCGAGCGGCUGGAGAUUUCUACACCAGCAACUCCAAGAGAGAUUGUGCUACGAUUCUCAGUUUAGAAAACAGUGUGUGGGGAAGCCUGGAGAAUACAUCAGAUGCAUUUCAGAAGAAAACCAACAACAGCCGAUGCCUGUACAAGCAAUUACGUCAUGUUGAGAAGGAGCUUGGUCUGCUGGGACCUUCUCGUUUUCCUAAUGCUGACAGCUACAACAGAGCUCUCCAACAAGUUCAGGGAAUGAAAAGUCAUUUGGCGUUCCACCUGUCCUCAUCAAGCCUGGAUGGAGAUCAGUUCAGUCGCAGUCCCAGUCCAGAACAGAGCGUCAAUGAUGUCGCUCAUAAGAAAUGUUGCCAAGGAGGACUGCCAUGGUGGUUUGUGUUUGUUGGGUGGACACUGGUGAUUGCAACCAGCGGUGUGUCAGGAUACUUCACCAUGAUGUAUGGGCUUACUUAUGGGAAGGACCGCUCUAUAAACUGGCUUGUCUCCAUGAUGGUGUCCUUCUUUGAGAGUCUUUUUAUUACCCAACCUCUGAAGGUUCUUGGAUUUGCUGCUUUCUUUGCUCUGGUUCUGAAGAAAGUUGAUCAGGAGGAGUUUGGAGAGCCUCAGAUAGACGAGAACUUCAGAAAUACAUGGGAUCCUGAUGUGGUGCAAGCAGCAAGAAGAGACAGCACGUGUAGCUUCUAUCAGCCACCACCUCCUACUGACAUUGAGAGAAUGAGGAGAAACGUGAUUAAAGAGCAACAAGUCUUCGCCCUCAUCAGGGAGAUUCUUGCCUACAUGGGAUUUAUGUGGGUGUUGCUUCUGGUGGCGUACGGUCAACGGGACCCCAACGCUUAUUUUCUGACUCGUCACAUUCGACAAAGCUUCAGCAAAGGCAUCGCAGACACCACAAGUAUUCAGGAUGUGUUCAGCUGGGCAAACACAACUUUACUGAGCAACCUUUUUGGAGAUUACCCAGGAUUUAUCACAGAUGGAAACUCAAAGCUGGUGGGUAACGCUCGCCUUCGCCAGGUGAGGGUGCAGAAAAACUCCUGCCUCAUUCCUCGCUCCAUGCAGCACUCGGUGCCCGACUGUCAUGCUCCAUACUCGUGGGACUUGGAGGACAUGGGCUCCUAUGGGCCAGGCUGGAGCCGAUCUGUGGGCAAUAACACAUCCCUGGAUCCCCACAGUCCAUGGGUGUACAAGUCUCAAAGUAAACUGAGGGCUUACCCCAUCUGGGGCAGGGUGAUGCUCUACAGAGGAGGCGGAUUUGUGAUGGAUCUAGGCACGGAUUUGCAAAAUUCAACUAGAAUCCUUCAGUACCUUUAUGACAACACGUGGUUUGACGUGUACACACGAGCAAUCUUUGUCGAGUUCACCGUGUACAAUGCAAACGUAAACCUCUUCUGCAUUGUCACACUCAUGCUGGAGACAACGGCCAUAGGAGCUUUCCAGCUGUACGGUGAACUUCAGAGCGUGCGUCUUUACCAGUCGACUGGUGGUCUCCACAUCUUCGUUAUGGCCUCGGAAAUCGUUUACUUUCUCUUUAUCGUCUAUUACAUGUUUAUUCAGGGAAAACUUAUGAGGAGGCAAAAAUGGGCUUAUUUCAAAAGUACAUGGAACCUGAUUGAGUUGGUGAUCAUACUUCUCAGCUGGAGCGCACUCUCCGUCUUCAUCAAGAGGACUUUAUUGGGGAAGAGGGACAUGGUUUUUUAUCAGAAUAACAAAGACCAAUUUGCGAGUUUUCAUGAGACAGCCAAGGCCGAUGCGGUGCUCGGGUAUCUUAUUGCCUUUCUGGUUCUGCUGGCUACAGUCAAACUGUGGCACCUGCUGAGACUUAACCCAAAGCUGCAUAUGAUUACAGCCACACUGCAGCGCGCUUGGACUGAUAUUUCAGGCUUCCUGGUGGUCAUGACCAUCAUGUUCCUGGCCUACUCUAUUGCUUCUAACCUGAUGUAUGGGUGGAAGCUGUACUCCUAUCGAACUUUGCUUGAAGCAGCACAAACUAUAGUCAGCUUGCAACUUGGUAUUUUUAACUAUGAAGAGGUUCUAAACUACAAUCCGGUGCUUGGGGCUUUCUUCAUCGGCUCCUGCAUUGUGUUCAUGACCUUUGUAGUGUUGAACCUAUUUAUCUCUGUGAUUCUUGUGGCAUUUAGUCAGGAGCAGAUACAUCACAAGCCAUCAGAAGAGGAAGAAAUUGUUGACCUGAUGUUGGUGAAGCUUGGCAGUUUGUUUGGAAUUAAAUGUAAAAAGCGAACAGGUUAUGGCCAAACCGAGGAGUACACUUCAUCUGCUUCAAAUAACAAACUUGUGACCAUUUCUUCUUAAGAUCUUAAUGAAGUAUGACGGGUUUAUCACAACCCCAGCCUGCUACACCUGACUUGAUUUUGUU